AUGUCUCUCUCAGUUGCGGGUGGUGGAGGUGGCAGUUGCCCACACGCUGCUCUUUCUCUCUCUAUAGCUCUCUUUUUCUGUAUAUAUCCAAAAUCUCCGUUCUCGAAGAAAAAGUUCUUUCUUGCUCAGACAAUUUGGUUUUGCAAGGGAGUUUUUCAGGCUAUUUUAUCUGAGGUUUCAGAUUUGACUCAGGAUAGGAUGAAUGCUUUUUCGCAUGUUCCCCCGGGUUUUCGAUUCCACCCGACUGAUGAAGAACUUGUCGAUUAUUACCUUAGGAGAAAGGUUACUUCAAGACGGAUCGACUUCGAUGUUAUUAAAGAUGUUGAUCUGUACAAAAUCGAGCCUUGGGAUCUUCAAGAGCUAUGCAGAAUAGGAACAGAAGAGCAAAAUGACUGGUACUUCUUUAGCCACAAAGACAAGAAAUAUCCGACUGGAACACGCACAAAUAGGGCUACAGCAGCAGGAUUUUGGAAAGCAACAGGUAGGGACAAGGCCAUUUACUCAAAGCACGACCUAAUUGGCAUGAGGAAGACCUUGGUGUUUUAUAAAGGCAGAGCUCCAAAUGGUCAAAAAUCAGAUUGGAUUAUGCAUGAAUAUCGCCUCGAAACAGAUGAAAAUGGGACUCCACAGGAAGAAGGUUGGGUUGUCUGCAGAGUGUUCAAGAAGAGAAUAGCCAGCAUGCAUAAAGUUAGUGAGCAUGACUCCCCAAUUUGGUAUGACGAUCAAGUUUCAUUCAUGCCGGAAAUUGACUCGCCGAAGCAGCAGAAUCUGAAUUACCACUAUCCUUAUAAUUCCUGCAAGAAGGAGCUUGAUUUGCAGUAUCAAAUGCCCCCUGAUCAGCACUUUCGUCAUCAGCUUCCACUUCUGGAGAUUUACAGAAACAGUACCGAACAGCAUGCGGGAGAUCAAGUGACAGAUUGGCGCGUACUUGACAAGUUUGUCGCAUCCCAACUCAGCCACGAAGAGGUUGUUUCUAAGGAAAAUGAUUAUUCCAAUGCAGCCGACGCCGCCUUCCAUGGAGGCCCCGAUGAAUCCAAUAUGAUGCAUACCGGAAACAUGCCAUACAAGGUCGACGCUGCCGAGAUUUGA